AUAUCAUGUUCUUCCACUUCACACAUAAUGAAAGAGGAAGAGGAAACCAUUAAGCCGCUUUAGAAAAAUAAAAUAAAUAUGAGACCUUUCAGCUUCCUCUAGGAUCGGGGCAUUACCAGUGACAUCAUUAGAUGUUCUCAUACUUCUAUAUAACCCGGUAUCCUCUGCAGUUUACAGAUUGUGAUAUUUGGCUGAAACAAGGAAGCAAAGGUACUCACAUCAUCAUCAUCAUCGCAGCAGCUUCAGACUCUGUUCCAGCGACAAACGCAAAAAUGAUGCUUCUACCGAUGACUCUAAUGUUCAUCUUGCUAUACCUGGAUCCACUGCAUGGAGCUUGGGACCUGCAGGUCAAGAAAAACACAAUGGUAGUAGAUGUUGCUGAGAAUCCAUCAGUAAAUGUAAAGUGCCGCACUCAGGACCAUCAAACUGUCCAUUGGAAGAAGAAAACCCGAAAGCAACGAUCCGACAAUGGGAUACUAAAGCUGACAGUGACGGAACAUGCUGACGUUGGGAAUUUUACUUGUCACUCAGAUAAAGGACUCAUUCUGGAUUAUAAAGUCAUUCUAUUACAUGAGGAAAACUUAGAGCAACGCAAGAAGAUAUUGUCAAAGUCGGGAGAAAUAUUGAAAUGUUCAGUAAAAAACUACAGUGGCAACUUUAGUUGUUUCUGGAAUUCAACAGAUGACAGCAAUAUCGAAUUUUUCUUUAAAGCUCAUAGAGGUGAUAAUGACAGCAUAUCCUGCGAUGAGCCUGUAAAAAAUAAAGGUCAAUACAGUGUGGAGUGCCGCGAUACCCAAUCCUGCAUUUAUGAAGAAGAGGAACAAAGCAUCACGGUUGAUCUGCAUGUAAUUCAACAACAUAAAUACGAGAAUUAUACAUUGGCUUUCAUGCUAAGGGAAAUCACCAAGCCUGAUCCCCCUCAAGAACUAGAUAUUAACAACACAAAAGAUCACAAACAUGUUUCCAUACACUGGAAGUACCCAAAAACCUGGUGUAACCGCCAUUCAUUUUUCCCACUCAUCUUCAAUGUUCAGAUAAAAAAGGAUGAAAAAACCACAGAGCAUCAAACUGACCAUACCACCUUUAAGUUGGAGGACAAACACAUUGAAUCCUUCUGUGUCCAAGCUAAAGACAAGUUCUUCAACUCAUCCUGGAGCGAAUGGUCAUGUUACAAGAGAAUGGUGAAGAAGGCUACUAAAGGUAAUACAAUAACAUCCUAUUUAGUGGCCGAAGGCUCUGGUCAGGGGGCAGAGAGCCCAAAGAAAAAAGGGACCCUAGCCUCCCCAGUAAAAAAUACUGCUGACCCAGAAGUAUACCACGCCUUAGAGGAGACCCCGGGAAUGAGUAAGGAUAAAGGUAAAAAGGGUAUAACACCUGGGGGUAAAGGGGUAAGCAAGGAUCAGAAAUCCCCAGAGAAACAGCAACAACCUGACUACCCCCCUGAAGGACCACAAGCCCCUCCUACCAAGCAAGAUAUGACAGAUAUGAUGGAGAUGAUAUCAUGUUUAGAACGGACAGUGAAAGGGGAGAUGGGAGCAACAAGGAAAGACAUACAGAGUGUGUUACAGAGGGUAGAAGGUUUAGAAGAGCAACUGGAAGAGCACAAAAAUGCAAUUGAUGAACUGAGAGGCCGUGCAGAUAAUGAUUGGAUAGAGAUAAGAAACACACGAUAUAGAUUGGAGGACCAAGAGAACCGCAGCAGGAGGAAGAACUUGCGGGUAAGGGGCCUCACGGAAGAGGUAAAGGAUGGAGAACUUGAUCAUCGGUUAUUAGAAGGACUGAGAAGUGUAGACAUAAAAUCCAUAACGCUGUCAGACCAUGCCCCAGUGGUGAUGUCUCUAGAUGUUGGGGAGGUCCCGCUGGAGCAGAAAACAUGGAAAAUAGAUGAAUCUCUCCUAAAUAACAUCAAGAUAGCCGAUGAUCUGGAAAGGGAUAUGUGCCUAUUCUUUCAGGAGAAUGACAUAGAAAAUGUAGCGCCCUCAACGCUAAGGGAAACACACAAGGUAUACAUGAGAGGGAGGUUGAUUGCUGAAAAAGUUAAAAGAAAUUAA